GGAGCUCACGCAACGGCAGAGCAGAGCGAGCGAUAUACACAGUUAAUUACAAAAUGUUUCGUAAGGGCAAACACACGAGCUGUAGUGAAAUUCUCUAGCCCCCCCACUCGCCAGCCCCGCCCAGCCGAACUUAAAAAAUUUGUAUAUCGCUGCAGCUGAUAAGCGCCAAUGGGCCCUGGUAAGAGGCCAAAAACAAUGGCCAAAACGGGCGCGUAAUUAACAACAAUAUGCGCGCAGAGCGACAAGUGAAUGAAAAUAGCAGGAGAAGAAAAUAAACAAAAUACGCGCAGGAAAAAAAGUGUGUAAAAUAGUGUUGAGAAGUGCGCGAGAAUUCCCAUUGACUGCUGAACUUGGCAGCGCAGCAGAGGCGCCGACGGCCGCUUCCCAGGCACUCCAUUUGCAUGUUUGCAACUGGCGUGUGUGUGUGUGUGUGUGUGUGUGCGUGCGGAAAUAGCUUAGCGCAAAAUAACAUUUGUGAUUAAAAGUGAACGUUUGUGUGUCAAGCGGGUUCAAGUGAAGCGAAAGCGCCAAAUACCAAAAGCGAACAGCAAAAGCAACAACAACAACAACAAUAACAAAAUGGCCGCCGACGCAACUGCAGUCGGCGCAGCAGCAGCAGCAACAACAACAACAACAACGGGCGACAGCCCGCAGAGCAGCCCUGGACAGCAGCUGAACAGCAGCGUCGACAGCGGCAUUGUCGUCCCGGAGAUGGAUACGCAAGCUUUGAAGCUGCGCCAGCGUCUGCAGCAAUGCCAGCGCAUUCUGCAGCUGCUGCAACGGGAUCAGCCCACAUAUCAGCAGCUGCGCGACAGAUUAAGCAAAAUAGCUGUUAAGAAGAAGAAGGCGAAUGCCAGCUCGGAGCAGCACAGCUGCAAUGUCUGCUGUGCGGACCUGGAUCUGAGCAGUGCCAAAAACUACGUCACAUGCUGCACGUGCGGCAAGCACGUGUGCCGCGGCAUCAAGUGCGCCGAUUGGCUGCCAAAGGCGGCGCAAUGGGUAUGCGAACUGUGCCACAGCUCGAAGCAAUCGCUGGAGCAGACCUCCUCCUGGGUGGCCGAACAGAUGUCCUUCAAUCAGCAAAAGUUCGUGUAUCCCUUGCGCGCACGCAGCGAAAUUUAUAUUCCCAUCAGUGCAGAAAUGGCCGACAGCUCGAUGCACUUCGAGAGCGUCAGCCAAGUCGGCGCCAACAGCGCGACCCUAAUGAAUAUGGACGAGCGCAGCCGCAUUCGUGAAUAUGUCGAGGAAAUCGUAGCGGAAAUGCUCGGCGGCAAUCUCGAUCACAUCAAAGUCGGACAAUUGUCCAAAAGCGAGAACUAUUUGCCAGCCAUUGUCAAUGGCAACAACAACAACAGCAGCAGCAACAGCAACAACAACAACAUCAACAAUGAACAGUUGGCGGACAUAUCGCAGACGCGUCUGCGCAGUCUCAUUGAGACAAUCAUCGCCGAGACGCUGCGCAGCGGCAGCAACAGCAUCCUCCUCAAUUCGCCCAGCGGCGCCGUCUCCGAGAUUAGCCUGGAUACGCGCUCCAAUGGGCAGCUGUCGGGCUUUAGCAAUGGCGGCAGCAGCAGCAAGCGACGCCAUCGCACCGAGCACUACUUUGAGCCCAAAAUCUAUCAGGAUCUGUUGGCCACAGCGGUGCUCAAUAAGAUUGCGGACAAGGAGGGCAAUAACAGGCUCAUUUCGGAGAGUACGCCGGACUUGAGUGCUCACAACAUUGAUGAGAAUUACAAUGCCGAAGCGUUGAGCACUACCUCCGGAAGUUCAAUAGAGCCGCGCAGCGAUUGCAGCCUGACGGACCAUGAACUGACUGGCAAAGCCGAAGCACAUGCUGGCUCACAGCUGGACGUGGAACGUGAGUCGGUCUUGAGCGACUAUAUAGCCGCUCACAUGGUGCCGCUGCCGGAUUUCUCAGCAUCCGUUACCGAAUCGGAGGAUGAUGUUGUCUCGAUGUCAUCGAGCCUGGUCGGUGAUGGCACCUGGGAGGACAAUUGGCUGUUCAAGAAGAAGCGCAGCACCUUGCAGAGUUCGGCCACACCGAGCAGCAUUGGCAUGCUGGUGCCCGCGCCCAAGGAGAAUAUACGCGCUCAGAUUGGCGAUCGGACUGCCGACGAGGUUAGCGAUCUGUCCGAAAUGGGCUCCGACGCAGAGGAGACAUCCCUGGAUUUGCUGCGCUGCAAUGAGCUCAAUGAUCGGCUCUUAAGCAAACACCUAAUUGGUGGACAGAAUACAAAACUAGUGCUUGACGAGCUGGUGGAUCGCACAAGCUUGACCUCAAAUACUUUGCCAGCGGAGCACGAGCCCGCUUUUACCGAGACCACAAAUCCGCUCGUCCAACAGCCCACGGCGGCCACAGCGCCACAGUCAGAAGAACAGAAAACGUCUAACGUAAUGGCGCCCCCGCCACCCAUGAUUUUUCAAGAUGAUGAAAAUACUGAGGAUCCCGCUCAGACACUGAUCGCAGCAGCCCAAUGUGAUUCAGAUGAACUCUGCGAUCUCGAGGGCUUAACAGGCUUCGGGGACGUUGAAUACCUAGAUGACAGCAAGCUACAUGAAAACAUACCUUCGGUUAUUGAAAUACUAGCAGCCAUUGCUCUGGGACCCAUGCUCGCGGUUCCAGCAUCUGAACAACCUCCUGUCAUGACUGCAACAGAAAUUCAUACACUCAAGGAACUAAGUGAUUUGGCUCUGGCUGAAAUCAACGCUCGCACAAUGGAGCUAGCUCAACACUCUCUGGACAUUAUUGAGGAAGAGUUCACGGAAGCACAAUCCUCAGACCAAGUCGACAAAUCUCAAACUGCUGAAGAAGAACACAAGCACAGGGCACCUGUUAAUGCGAGUGAGAUUCCAUCUUCCGCUACCGAAGAAAUAUCUCAACCUAAGGAGGAAAAUGUUGAAAUUGUAGGACAAACGGAACUCGCUCCUAAUGAACAGCCUAUAUCUGGAGAAACACACACAGCAGCACCAUUAAUUGAUGAUAUUGCUUGUGCUGGGAUUAAUUCAGAAACAAAACUUGUUCCUCAGGAAGAUCUGGCACAAUUAGUUACUCAAGCAGAAGUAAUUGUAGAGCCACAGACUGCUGCACCAGCACCAACUAUAACACAAGCUGUUGAAGAAGUUACCCUAAUUGCCGCAGCCACAGAAGCACCAACGCAACAACUUGAAGAAUCAAGUCCUCUAGCAGAAGCAACUGUAGCUCCCGAAGAAGCUUCAGCGCCUUUAGCUGAGAUAGUUACUCUAGAUGCUCCCGAAGAAGUUCCUACGUUAACAGGAGAAACUGCUGCUCCUGUAGAAAUUCCAGAGCCAGUAAUUGAGCUAUUUACUCCUGCAGAAAAACCUGUUACGUCUGAAGCGCCAGCAGAUGUGACAGCUUCUUCCACAGAAGAAUCUUCUAUUCCCGGGGAAGUUCCUACACCAGCAGCUAAGAAAGUUGAUCCGUCUGAAGUAACUGCUGCUCCCGACGAAGUUCCACUGCCAACAGUUGAGAUAGUUUAUCCAGCAGAAGUAACUGCUCCCGAGGAAUUCUCAGCGUCAGCAGCUGAGAUAGUUAUUCCCGUAGAAGUAACUGCUGCUCCCGAAGAGUUUCCAAUGCCAGCAGCAGAGAUAGUUACUCUAGCAGAAGUAACUGCUUCCGAGGAAUUUCCAGCGGCAGCAGAUGAGAUAGUUAAUCCAGCAGAAGUAACUGCUGCUUCCGAGGAAACUCAAGUGCCAGCAGAUAAGAUAGUUACUCCAGCAGAACUAACUGUUUCCGAGGAAUCUCAAGUGCCAGCAGAUAAGAUAGUUACUCCAGCAGAACUAGCUGUUUCCGAGGAAUCUCCAGCGCCAUCAGCAGAUGCAGUUACUUUAGCAGGAGUAACUGCUGCGCCCGAGGAAGUUCCAGUGCCAGCAGCUGAGAUAGUUACUCUAGCAGAAGUAACUGCUGCGCCCGAAGAAGUUCCAGUGCCAGCUGAAGUACCUGCUUCCGAGGAAUUUCCAGCGGCAGCAGAUGAGAUAGUUAAUCCAGCAGAAGUAACUGCUGCUUCCGAGGAAACUCAAGUGCCAGCAGAUAAGAUAGUUACUCCAGCAGAACUAACUGUUUCCGAGGAAUCUCAAGUGCCAGCAGAUAAGAUAGUUACUCCAGCAGAACUAGCUGUUUCCGAGGAAUCUCCAGCGCCAUCAGCAGAUUCAGUUACUUUAGCAGAAGUAACUGCUGCGCCCGAGGAAGUUCCAGUGCCAGCAGCUGAGAUAGUUACUCCGGCAGAAGUAACUGCUUCCGAGGUAUCUCCAGCGCCAGCAGUUGAGAUAGUUACUGCAGCAGAAGUAACUGCUUCCGAGGAAUCUUCAGCGCCAGCAGUUGAGAUUGUUACUCCAGCAGAAGUAACUGAUGCUCCCGAGGAAGUUCCAGUGCCAGCAGCUAAGAUAGUUACUCCGGCAGAAGUAACUGCUUCCGAGGAAUCUCCAGCGCCAGCAGCAGAUACAGUUACUCUAGCAGAAGCAACUGCUGCUUCCGUGGAUGUUCCAGUGCCAGCAGCUGAGAUAGUUACUCCGGCAGAAGUAACUGCUUCCGAGGUAUCUCCAGCGCCAGCAGUUGAGAUAGUUACUGCAGCAGAAGUAACUGCUUCCGAGGAAUCUUCAGCGCCAGCAGUUGAGAUUGUUACUCCAGCAGAAGUAACUGAUGCUCCCGAGGAAGUUCCAGUGCCAGCAGCUAAGAUAGUUACUCCGGCAGAAGUAACUGCUUCCGAGGAAUCUCCAGCGCCAGCAGCAGAUACAGUUACUCUAGCAGAAGCAACUGCUGCUUCCGUGGAUGUUCCAGUGCCAGCAGCUGAGAUAGUUACUCCGGCAGAAGUAACUGCUUCCGAGGUAUCUCCAGCGCCAGCAGUUGAGAUAGUUACUCCAGCAGAAGUAACUGCUGCUCCCGAGGAAGUUCCAGUGCCAGCAGAUGAGAUAGCUAAUCCAGCAGAAGAACCUGCUGCUUCAGAGGAAGUUUCAGUGCCAGCAGCUGAGAUAGUUACUCCGGCAGAAGUAACUGCUGCUCCCGAGGAAGUUCCACUGCCAACAGUUGAGAUAGUUUCGCCAGCAGAAGGAACUGCUGCUCCCGAGGAAGUUCCAGUGCCAGCAGCUAAGAUAGUUACUGCAGCAGAAGUAACUGCUUCCGAGGAAUCUUCAGCGCCAGCAGUUGAGAUAGUUACUCCAGCAGAAGUAACUGCUGCUCCCGAGGAAGUUCCAGUGCCAGCAGCUAAGAUGGUUACUCCGGCAGAAGUAACUGCUCCCGAGGAAGUACCAGUGCCAACAACUGAGAUAGUUACUCCGGCAGAAGUAACUGCGUCUGAGGAAGUUCCAUCGCCAGCAGUUGAGAUAAUUACUCCGGCAGAAGUAACUGCUGCUCCCGAGGAAGUUCCAGCGCCAGCCGUUGAGAUAAUUACUCCGGCAGAAGUAACUGCUGCGCCCGAAGAAGUUCCAGCGCCAGCAGUUGAGAUAAUUACUCCGGCAGAAGUAACUGCUGCUCCCGACGAAGUUCCACUGCCAACAGUUGAGAUAGUUUCGCCAGCAGAAGGAACUGCUGCUCCCGAGGAAGUUCCAGCGCCAGCAGAUGAGAUAGUUACUCCAGCAGAAGAACCUGCUGCUUCAGAGGAAGUUUUAGUGCCAGCAGCUGAGAUUGUUACUCUGGCAGAAGUAACUGCGUCUGAGGAAGUUCCAGCGCCAGCAGUUGAGAUAAUUACUCCGGCAGAAGUAACUGCUGCUCCCGAGGAAUCUUCAGCGCCAGCAGUUGAGAUAGUUACUCCAGUAGAAGUAACUGCUGCUCCCGAGGAAGUCCCAGUGCCAGCAGUUGAGGUAGUUACUCCAGCAGAAGGAAAUGUUGCUGCCGAGGUCGAUCCUGCACCAGCAGAAGAACCUGCUGCUCAAGCGACAGCAUCUGAGAUAGUUAUUUUAGCAGAAGUUAAUGCUGCUUCCGAGGAAUCUUCAGCGCCACCAGCUGAAAUUGAUACUUCCACCAGAGUAACUAAUGCUCAUGAGGAAGCUCCAGUAACAGGAGAGAAAGUUAUUGCUGCUGCUGGAGCAGUAACUACAGCUUCCGAGGAAGUUCCAAUUUUAGCAGUAGAGGAGGUUGCUCGUUCUGAGGUUACAUCACUUUCACAGGCUGUUCGCGAGGACGGUCGAGUCCCAGCAAAUAACGAGGCUGCUAGGGUUGAACAUUCAUUGGAGCCACAAGUUGAACCCAAGAAGGCUGCUGUCGAGGAAGCUUCAGCAGCAGCCCCUCAAGCCCUUUUAGAGGACGCUUCAGUGUCAAUCAUUAAAAUGGAAGCUUCACUAUCAGCGAAUGAAGAGGUUACUUCUACUGAGCCACAAGUUGCUACCAGUGAACCACACGAUACACCUGAGGAAGUUCCAGAGCCAAAAACAGCACACGAGGAAGUGCCAGCUCAACCAAUUGAGAAUGUUGCUUCUACUGAGAUUACACCAGCACUCCAAGUUGAUUCAGGGACGUCUCCAGCACCAGCAAUUGAGGAGGUUGCUAGUACUGAACCACAACCUGCUUCCGAGGAAGGUCCAGGUGUUGAGGAGAUUUCUAAUGCUGAGAUUGCACCAAAGCGACUAGCUAGUUCCCAGGAAGUUACAGAGCCAGUGGUCAAUGAGGUUGCUUCUACUGAACUAAACGAUACACCUGAGGAAGCUCCAACGCCAGCAACUGAGCAGGUUGCCCUUACUGAGAUGAUUCUCGAUAAGGCUCCAGCACCAGCCAUUGAGGAGGUUGUUAGUACUGACCCACAACCUGCUCCCGAAGAAGAUCCAGCACUAAAAAUUGAGGAGGUUGAAAAUGCUGGAAUAAACCAAGGGGCAAAAGUUGAUCCCAAGGAGGCUACAGCGCCCAAAAUUGGGGAGGUUGUACUGGAGCCACAACCUGCGAAAGAUUCAACACAAGCAAUUAAGGACGUUGGUUGUAUUGAGAUUACAACAGAUCUAAAAGUUGAUCCCGAGAAGGCUCCAACAUCAGCGAUUGAGGUGGUUGCUAGUACCUAUCCUCAGACUACCCUUGAGAAAGUUUCAGCACCAACAUCUGAGGAGGUUGGAAGUGCUGAGAUAACACAAGGUCCCCAAGUUUAUCCCGAGGAGGCUCUAGCAUCAGCAAUUAAAGAGGUUGCUAUUACUGAUCCUCAGACUACCCUCGAGGAAGCUUCAGCACCAACAAUUGAGGAGGUUGUUAGUUCUGAGCCACAAGCUGCUUCCGAGGAAGAUUCAGAAGUUGAAGAGAAUCCAACUGCUGACAUUGCAACAGAGCGACUUGCUACUUCGCAGGAAGUUCCAGCACCAGUAGUCAAGGAGGUUGUUUUUACUGAACCACACGAUAAACCUAAGGAAGCUCCAGCAUCAACAAUUGAGGAUAUUGCUAGUACUGAGCCACAACUUACUCCCGGCGAAGAUCCAGCACCAACAAUUGAGGAGGUUGGAAGUGCUGAGAUAACACAAGAGCCACAAGUUGAUUCCGAGGAGGCUCCAGCGCCAGCAAUUGAGGAGAUUGCUUGUAUUGAGAUUAUUCCAGAACUAAAAGUGGAUUCUGAGGAGACUGCAGCACCAGAAAUUGGGGAUGUUGCUAGUAAUGAGCCACAAGCUGCAGCAGCAGUUGCGGACGUUCCUUGUGCUGAGAUUGUACCAAAGCGACUGGCUACGCCCCAGGAAGUUCCAGCGCCAGAAGUCAAGGAGGUUGCUUCAACACCAGCAAUUGAGGAGGUUCCUAGGACUGAAAUAAUUCUCGACGAGGCUCCAGCCCCAGUAGCUGAGGAGGUUGCUAGUGCGGAGCUUCAGACUGCCCUCAAAGAAGUUUCAACCCUAACAGUUGAGGAGGUUCUUAGUGCUGAGAUUGCACCAGAGCGCCAGGCUACUCCCCAGGAGGCUCCAGCGCCAAAAGGUUACGAGGUUGAUUGUACUCAGCCACAGAUUACUUGCGAUCAAGCUCCAGCAAUAGCAAUUGAGGAGGUUGCUAGAGCUGAAGCUACAUCCGAAUCACACCAGGAGGCUACUCCGCCAAUAGUUGAGGAGGUUUCUAGUGGUGAGCCCCAGGCUGCUCUCGAGGAUGCUGCAAUAUCAGCAAGUGAGGAGGUUGCUAGUACUGAGACUAUUCAAGAGCCUCAAGUUGUUCCCGGGGAAGCUCAAGAACCAGAAAUCAAGGAAGUUUCUUUAGUAGGAAAUAAAUCUGAGUUACCGGAUGCUCCCGAGGAAGAUAUGGUGGGAAUUGAGAAGGUUGCCAGUGCUGAAAUUAUACUAGAGCCGAAGGAGGAGGCUCCAGUACUUGGAGAAGUUCCUCCAGCAGGAGCUAGUACAAAACCGCAGGCUGAUCCUAAGGAAGGCGGUUUCGAGGAGAUUUCCGCUGUGCCACAAGUCGCCAGCGAAGAAGCAGUUGCAACAAUUGCAACAGAUAAAUUAAUAUUAGAGGCCGGUGAUGAAACUCAAGCUGAUCUGUUGACAAGUGAAUCUGUUAAGAGCGAUAAUUGCGCUCUAGGCUCCAUUGCGGAACGUGAGGUCAGGAAGUGGUCGAAUGCCGUCGAAAUGCCCAACAAUCCGUAUGCGCCGGAGGCGCUGAAGCAGCGCAUCAGCGGCACACAGGAACGCUUCAUGGAUGUGCCGAACAUAAGUGCAUGUGCCGAGCAAAAGGCGCUGGCUCUGAUGAGGGGCUCGGAUGAGGAGCCCGCCAGCCGCGUCGAGGACUACAAGCGCUACAGUCGCGACUAUUACAUCAACAAUGCGCCUCAGGUGACCACGCCUACUAGCGCAAGGGCGGCUUCAGUGGCGUGCAGCAGCACGGAGGAGCCAGCGUCGGCACAGACGGAUGAGGACAUUGUCAUCAAUGAGGCGAAAAUAGCAUGCAAAACUGCAGUCGAGCAAACUCAGGAACAGCUCGUCGAGAUGCCGGAUGACAAGUGUAUUUACACAGCUUUGCCAGCUCAGGUGCUGGAAGAUGGAUGCAACGCCAGUCUGGAGACCCAAUCGAAUCAAUCCCUGCAAACGACCAGCGAUGACUCGGACACAGUGCGCGUUUAUGAUUUCAAUAAGCAGGAGACGACCGUCAUCAAGGCGCAGGAGCAGCCGCCCAGCACGUCUAGCACGUCAUCUAUGGAGUCUGCACUGAGUGCACCCUCCUCCUCCUCCUCCAUAGAUGCGUCGCGCAAACGUGAACGGCCCGUUGUGCUGCAAUUUGGGCCCGCCGACGCGACGCCCAAUGUCUGCGCCUCGCCCUCAAUGACACCAACGCGCGGCUCCACGCCGCCAGCUUUUAGAUUUCUACAGCCCAAGCGUCGUCUGAUCGAACCAAGUCAAGUAUUGUCCAUAGACGACGAUGAUGAAAUGCCUGAGCCAGCAGCCACGCCCACAGAGAAGCCAGCCGUUGAGGAUGACGUGGUGCACGCCCUGCCCUCGGUGAAGGCGCUGGCUCAAGCCUUUUUGCUGACCAGCAAACGCACCCAGCCCGAGCGACGCUGGCGAGCCAAGACUCUGCAACAUGCCAAGUUGAGGGCACAAGCCGAUGCGCCAGAGCAGCCCACCUCGCCACAACCGCGUAAGCAUAUGCUGCAGCACGCCGUCUCCAUAGCCGAGGUGGCCGAUGAAUCCACAAUUGCCUCCGAUCUAUCAUCGCUGGAAACAGAUCCCUCUAUGCAAUCCGAAGAAAAUGCAAUCAAUAUACCCAUCGCCUCGCCGGCGAGCCCUGUGCCCGUGCGCAGAGGCUUCCUUAGGAGCAAUAUUGCUUACUUUGAGAACUUAAAGUUUAAGUGAAUAUGAAUGCAACUAAGUUACAUUUGGCUGUGCGGCCAUUGGCUGAUAUUCCACAAUGAGGAAUAUGCACAAUAAUGGUGCGCAGCAGCAUCCUGGAUACCAAAUCAAGACCAAAUAAUCAUGUGCCAUGGCCUCCAUUUAAACGACAGACAUAGUACCCAUUCAGUGAAAAGUAUUCUUCAAAGUACUUAACCUACAAGUUACGCCCAGUGUGCGCGAAUAAUUGUUUUUAGUUUGUAUUUAUUAUAAUUAAAUAACUAUAUCCAUGGAUACUAUUUAUUUAAACUAUUAACUAUUUUAUUUAGCGCUAAGAUAUGUAUUUAGCUUUAAACCCCGCAAAAAACUUUUGAACUAUCAUAAUGACCCGAACAUCGAUCGAUAUAUAUAUAUAUAUAUAUAUAUAUAUAUAUGUAUCGGUAAAUAUAUUCUUUCAGU